GGCAAAACCAUUUGUCAUCAGUUAAACUCUUCUUCUGCCCGACUCCCUGUUGAGAUUCACAGAUGGAUUUCGUCUUCAGAAUCUAAGUUCCAAGCUGUUAUAAUAUUUUGCGAAUCGAAGAAACGUCAACAAUCUCUGUGUUAUUCUCUGGAAGAGAUGAACUUUGUUCAACGCAAGAUCUAUCUUUAUAAUGUCACUUUUGGUUUGUACAUGUUGGAAUGGUGGGAGCGGUAUCUCUUCAAUAUAUUGAUUAUCGUGUUGCUAUGGUUUAUUUGUUACAACGGAUCACGAUCUGCAGCUGAGUUCUACAAAAGGUAUUAG